GGAGGAAUCCCCAGAACUAAGCUACUCUCCUUACUUUAUUCCUCCCUUUUCUCUCUUCCUCAUUGGCUUUCCUUCUUGCAAUGGCCACUUCAAUGGACGCUUCUCGUUUUCUGUAGACAGCCAACCAUUCUUCUUUUGCCUUUCAUCCCCCCCCUCCGUCCUCCUUCCCACUCCCAGACUUUAUUUUUACCUCGAGUGGUAACUUCAACUCGCAGCAGCUGAGCUGAGCACCCGUCAGUCACCUUCCUUCUUCUUCACCUGCCGAUAAUUUCCCACUGCUCAGAACUGCUAAAAGGGCUCAUUCAGCUUCUUCUCUUCUUGAAUUGCAUGCAUGAAACCAUUAGCCAUCUGUUCCCUUCUGGAUCCAAUCCGCCCUGUUCGGUUAAUUUUGGCGGAGGCUCGUUGCUGAUGUUCCAUCGAACACCUUACAUUUCACUUAUUGUUCAUUCUGAAGGGUCUUCGCAUUCUUAUUCUUCCAAUUGAGGCGGUUUGGUGAGUUGCAGGGAGGGUUUAUGCUUUAUAUAAGGGAGGGAGGAAAAAGGGAUGAACUUUUUCUUAUAGCAUUUCUUCACAGGUUCCCUUUGUUGAUAAUCUACCACUGAGACCUUAUGGCUUUAGCAUCAUUUUGUUAUGUGAAGGAGUAAUGAUAAGCCUCAGCAUUUACGUGUGAGCUAGAUUGAGCCCUCUUAGGAUUUCCCUUCAAUGGUCUGCAUUAUUGACUAAAUGCAAAGUCUGCACUGUUACAGAGAUGGAAGAUAAGAAGGGUGACUUUGCCAAUAAUCGGUCUGUUUCUCCCGGCAGUACAAUGAAGAGACCAGAUAGCCAUAAGCUCUAUUCUACUCGGGAUUCCAAUUCCAUACCUGCGAGUGACCUUUGGACGGAUGGGCUUAUUUGCGCUUUUGAGUUCAUUCGAGGCCGCAAAGUGUCCUCCAUAUCUAAAUCUGUUCUGAGAGCACCCAGCAAAGCACCGACCUACCUUGAUCACUCGAAAGUGCAGGUUCCUACUAAUGGUGCCAGUAUUGGUUCCCCUCAGAAUUUAAAUAGACAGAGAUCUUCAGACACUUCAUCCCUGCAAGAUUCCUUGGGACAUCCAGACGCAGCUUUUGAUGGCUACAGGGAUAGUCAGAUCCAUCAGUUAGGACAGUUUCGUGGUGCCGAUAGGUUAGAGGGAAGCCAUUGGAUACCAAUAGGGUGGGCUAGAAUUUCUGAGCUUGCCCAACAUGUACAAGUAGAUGCCGGGUGGACGACUCAGCAGAUCGAGUCAAUGGAUGAUGAUGAGGAUGUCACUGUCGCAGAUUUAGCUGCUCCUUAUUGGGAGCGACCAGCUGGACCUGUGUGGUGGUGCCAUCUGCAAGCGGGUCAUCCCUCUGUAGAGGCAUGGCUCAGUAAUGCUCAAUGGCUGCAUCCUGCCAUCAGUUUAGCUCUGAGAGAUGAAGGACGACUCAUUAGUGAGCGGAUGAAGCACCUAUUAUAUGAGGUCCCAGUACGAGUUGCUGGGGGGCUCUUAUUUGAGCUUCUGGGGCAAUCAGCUGGAGAUCCAUUUGUUAAUGAGGAUGACAUUCCGGUGGUUCUACGUUCGUGGCAAGCUCAAAACUUUCUUGUUACUGUAUUGCACAUUAAAGGAACUGUGUCAACCUUGAACGUUCUAGGGAUUACUGAGGUUCAGGAACUUUUACUCGCUGGAGGUUAUAAUGUCCCACGGACAGUUCAUGAAGUCAUAGCUCUUCUAGCUUGCCGUCUUACUCGAUGGGAUGAUAGGUUAUUCCGUAAAUCCAUAUUUGGGGCAGCUGAUGAGAUUGAAUUGAAAUUUAUGAACAGGCGGAACCAUGAAGAUAUGAAUCUCUUUAGUAUAAUUCUGAACCAAGAAAUUCGGAGGUUGUCCAAACAGGUUAUUCGAGUGAAAUGGUCUCUUCAUGCUAGAGAAGAGAUUGUGUUUGAGCUUCUUCAGCACUUGAAAGGAAAUGUGACUAGGACUCAUUUAGAGGCUAUCAGGAAGAGUACAAGGGAAAUGAUUGAGGAACAAGAAGCUGUUCGUGGCCGAUUGUUUACCAUUCAAGAUGUAAUGCAAAGUACAGUCCGUGCUUGGUUGCAGGACCGAAGCCUCCGAGUUACGCACAACCUAGCUGUUUUUGGAGGUUGUGGCCUCGUCCUAUCCAUUAUCACGGGACUAUUCGGCAUAAAUGUGGAUGGGAUUCCAGGAUCUACCAACACACCCUACGCAUUUGGUCUAUUUGCAGGAAUCCUUUUCUUCACAGGGGUGGUUCUGAUUGCAGUUGGGCUGGUCUAUCUCGGGCUAAAGAGGCCCAUAACUGAGGAGCAGGUCGAGGUGAGGAAGAUGGAACUGCAGGAGCUUGUGAAGAUGUUCCAGCACGAGGCAGAGACCCAUGCUCAGGUCGGCAAGCCUCUUUACCGGAACAACUUGACUCCCACCGCCGGGGAUAUCGUAGUAAUAACAUGAUACUGAUUAAUUAAUGAGAGAUGUACUCUGUGUAGUCUCUUCCCAUGAGAAUUUUUAUCACUUUCACAAAUUUUUCGGAUAGUAACUCUCCUACCUACAGGGAAUAUACCAGGAAGUGAACUCACUUUCCUAGAGGAACUAACGUAACAUGAUUAUUUCAGAAUGAUUAGUGAAUGCACGAAAUGUGUAUCUAUGAGAUGCGCUGUAUGUCUUCAAGACC